AUGGCGCACAGCUGUCGGUGGCGCUUCCCCGCCCGGCCCGGGACCACCGGGGGCGGCGGCGGCGGGGGGCGCCGGGGCCUAGGGGGCGCCCCGCGGCAACGCGUCCCGGCCCUGCUGCUUCCCCCCGGCCCCCCGGUCGGCGGCGGCGGCCCCGGGGCGCCCCCCUCCCCCCCGGCGGUGGCGGCCGCGGCGGCGGCGGCGGGAAGCAGCGGGGCCGGGGUGCCGGGGGGAGCGGCCGCCGCCUCGGCCGCCUCUUCGUCGUCCGCUUCGUCUUCGUCUUCGUCAUCGUCCUCAGCCUCCUCCGGGCCGGCGCUGCUCCGGGUGGGCCCGGGCUUCGACGCGGCGCUGCAGGUCUCGGCCGCCAUCGGCACCAACCUGCGCCGGUUCCGGGCCGUGUUUGGGGAGAGCGGCGGGGGAGGCGGCAGCGGAGAGCUAACAACACAGACCCCAUGUAGUUGGAGAAGCAAAGGCCUCAUACAUGACAAAAAGACUGAACCGUUCAGGUUACUUGCAUGGAGUUGGUGCUUAAAUGAUGAGCAGUUCUUAGGUUUUGGCUCAGAUGAAGAAGUCAGAGUACGAAGCCCCACGAGGUCUCCUUCAGUUAAAACUAGUCCUCGAAAACCUCGCGGGAGACCCAGAAGUGGCUCUGACCGAAGUUCAGCCCUCCUCUCAGACCCGUCCGUGUUUCCCCCUCUCAGUAAAUCAGAGACCAAAUCAGGAGAGAAAAUCAAGAAGAAAGAUUCCAAAAGUCUAGAAAAGAAGAGAGGAAGACCGCCCACCUUCCCUGGCGUCAAAAUCAAAAUCACACACGGCAAGGACAUUUCAGAGUUACCCAAGGGAAGCAAGGAAGAAAGCCUGAAAAAAAUCAAACGGACACCCUCCGCUACCUUUCAGCAGGCCACAAAGAUUAAAAAACUAAGAGCAGGUAAACUGUCUCCUCUCAAGUCUAAGUUUAAGACAGGGAAGCUUCAAAUAGGAAGGAAGGGGGUCCAGAUUGUCCGCCGGCGAGGCCGGCCGCCGUCGACGGAAAGGAUCAAGACCCCGCCAGGUCUGCUCCUGAACUCGGAGCUCGAAAAGGCCCAGAAGGUCCGCAGGGACAAGGAGGGCAGCCCGCCGCUGCCCAGGGAGGAGAAGACCGUGGUCAGGCAGAGCCCGCGCAGGAUCAAGCCGGUCAGGAUCAUUCCUUCUUCCAAAAGGACAGAUGCCACCAUCGCCAAGCAGCUCCUGCAGAGGGCCAAGAAGGGGGCCCAGAAGAAGAUCGAGAAGGAAGCCGCGCAGCUGCAGGGCAGAAAGGUGAAGACGCAGGUCAAGAACAUCCGGCAGUUCAUCAUGCCCGUGGUCAGCGCCAUCUCCUCGCGCAUCAUCAAGACCCCGCGGCGCUUCAUCGAGGACGAGGAUUACGACCCGCCCAUCAAAAUCGCCCGGCUCGAGUCCACGCCCAAUAGCAGAUUCAGCACCACGUCCUGUGGCUCUUCCGAGAAGUCCAGUGCCACUUCCCAGCACUCGUCCCAAAUGUCCUCAGACUCCUCCCGGUCCAGCAGCCCCAGCGUGGACACCUCCAUAGACUCUCAGGCCUCAGAGGAGAUCCAGGGACUGCCUGAAGAGCGGAGCGAGACCCCCGAAGUCCACCCGCCACUGCCGAUUGCCCAGUCCCCCGAGACCGAGGGGAGCGAUAGGAGAAGCCGAAGGUACUCGGUGUCGGAGCGAAGUUUCGGCUCGAGAACGACGAAGAAGCUGUCCACGCUGCCCAGUGCCCCCCCGCAGCCGACUUCGUCCUCGCCCCCGCCCCCCCUGCUCACCCCGCCGCCGCCGCUGCAGCCGGCCUCCAGCCUCUCGGACCACACCCCGUGGCUCAUGCCUCCGACCAUCCCUUUAGCAUCACCGUUUUUGCCUGCUUCUGCGGCGCCCUUGCCAGGGAAGCGAAAAUCUAUUUUGCGAGAACCGACAUUUAAGUGGACUUCCUUAAAGCAUUCUAGGUCAGAGCCACAGUACUUUUCCUCAGCCAAGUAUGCCAAAGAAGGUCUUAUUCGCAAACCAAUAUUUGAUAACUUCCGCCCCCCUCCGCUCACGCCCGAGGAUGUGGGCUUCGCGCCGGGCUUUUCUCCGUCGGGGACUGCUGCUUCCGCCCGCUUGUUCUCGCCACUCCACUCCGGGACACGGUUUGAUAUGCACAAACGGAGCCCUCUCCUGAGAGCCCCGAGGUUUACGCCCAGUGAGGCUCACUCCAGAAUCUUUGAGUCUGUCACCUUGCCUGGUAAUCGAACUUCUGCUGGAGCAUCUUCAUCAGGAGUGUCUAACCGGAAAAGGAAAAGGAAAGUGUUUAGCCCCAUCCGAUCCGAACCGAGGUCUCCUUCUCACUCCAUGAGGACGCGAAGUGGAAGGCUUAGCACUUCUGAGCUCUCGCCUCUCACCCCGCCAUCUUCCGUCUCUUCCUCCUUAAGCAUUUCUGUUAGUCCUCUUGCCACUAGUGCCUUAAACCCAACUUUUACUUUUCCUUCUCAUUCCCUGAGUCAGUCCGGGGAAUCGACAGAGAAAAGCCAGAGAGCCAGGAAGCCCACCAGCGCUCCAGCAGAGCCCUUUUCGGCCAGCGGCCCAUCGCCUCUCUUCCCUUGGUUUACCCCAGGCUCUCAGACUGAAAGAGGGAGGAAUAAAGACAAGGCCCCCGAGGAGCUGUCCAAAGACCGGGAUGCGGACAAGGGCGUGGAGAAGGACAAGAGUAGAGAGCGAGACCGGGAGAGAGAGAAGGAGAAUAAGCGGGAGUCGAGGAAAGAGAAAAGGAAAAAGGGAUCCGAGAUUCAGAGUAGCUCUGCUUUGUAUUCUGUGGGUCGGGUUUCCAAAGAGAAGGUCGUGGGGGAAGAUGUGGCCACUUCGUCUUCUGCCAAAAAAGCAAGCGGGCGGAAGAAGUCUUCAUCACUUGAUUCUGGGACUGAUAUUGCUUCGGUGACUCUUGGGGAUACGACAGCUGUCAAAACCAAAAUUCUUAUAAAGAAAGGGAGAGGAAAUCUGGACAAAAACAACCUGGACCUCGGCCCAACUGCCCCAUCCCUGGAGAAGGAGAAAGCCCUCAGCCUUUCCACUCCUUCAUCUAGCACUGUUAAACAUUCCACUUCCUCCAUAGGCUCCAUGUUGGCUCAGGCAGACAAGCUUCCAAUGACUGACAAGAGGGUUGCCAGCCUCCUAAAAAAGGCCAAAGCCCAGCUCUGCAAAAUUGAGAAGAGCAAGAGUCUUAAACAGACUGACCAGCCCAAAGCACAGGGUCAAGAAAGUGAUUCAUCAGAGACCUCUGUGCGAGGACCCCGGAUCAAACAUGUCUGCAGAAGAGCUGCUGUGGCCCUUGGCCGGAAACGAGCCGUGUUCCCUGACGACAUGCCCACCCUGAGUGCCUUACCCUGGGAAGAGCGAGAGAAGAUUCUGUCUUCCAUGGGGAAUGAUGACAAGUCAUCAGUUGCUGGCUCAGAGGAUGCCGAACCUCUUGCUCCCCCAAUCAAACCAAUUAAACCCGUCACCAGAAACAAGGCACCUCAGGAACCUCCCGUGAAGAAGGGGCGGCGUUCCAGGCGGUGUGGCCAGUGUCCUGGCUGCCAGGUGCCUGAGGACUGUGGUGUCUGUACGAACUGCUUAGACAAGCCCAAGUUUGGUGGCCGCAACAUAAAGAAGCAGUGCUGCAAGAUGAGGAAAUGUCAGAAUCUACAAUGGAUGCCUUCCAAAGCCUACCUUCAGAAGCAAGCAAAAGCUGUGAAAAAGAAAGAGAAAAAGUCCAAGACCAGUGAAAAGAAAGAGAGCAAAGAGAGCAGCAGUGCUGUGAAGACCGCGGUGGAGCCUAGUCCGAAACCUCCCCCAGCGGCCAGGGAGGACCCUGCCCCAAAGAAAAGCAGCAAUAGCGACCCUCCUCCACGCAAGGCAGCCGAGGAGAAGGUCGAGGAAAGCAGUGCCCCGGCCCCGCCGCCGGAGCCCAAACAGGUGACCACUCCCGCUUCCAGGAAGUCCAGCAAACAGGUGUCGCAGCCUGCGCCCGCGCCCCCUGCACAGCCGGCCAGCACCACGACGCCCAGGAAGGACACUCCCAAGCCAGCUCCCAGCGAGCCCAAGAAAAAGCAGCCGCCACCCCCCGACCCAGGUCCGGAACAAAGCAAACAGAAAAAAGUGGCUCCACGCCCAAGUAUCCCUGUGAAACAAAAACCAAAAGAAAAGGAAAAACCAUCUCCGAUCAGUAAGCAGGAGAAUGCAGGUACUUUGAACAUCCUCAGUACUCUCUCCAAUGGCAAUAGUUCUAAGCAAAAAAUCCCAGCAGAUGGAGUCCAUAGGAUCAGAGUGGACUUUAAGGAGGAUUGUGAAGCAGAGAACGUGUGGGAGAUGGGAGGCUUAGGAAUCCUGACCUCUGUUCCUAUAACACCCAGGGUGGUUUGCUUCCUCUGUGCCAGUAGCGGGCAUGUGGAGUUUGUGUAUUGCCAAGUCUGUUGCGAGCCCUUCCACAAGUUCUGUUUGGAGGAGAACGAGCGCCCCCUGGAGGACCAGCUGGAGAAUUGGUGUUGUCGCCGCUGCAAGUUCUGUCACGUUUGUGGAAGGCAGCAUCAGGCUACAAAGCAGCUGCUGGAGUGUAAUAAGUGCCGAAACAGCUAUCACCCUGAGUGCCUGGGACCAAAUUACCCCACCAAACCCACCAAGAAAAAGAAAGUUUGGAUCUGUACCAAGUGUGUUCGCUGCAAGAGCUGUGGGGCCACAACACCAGGCAAAGGCUGGGAUGCACAGUGGUCUCAUGACUUCUCCCUGUGCCACGAUUGUGCCAAACUCUUUGCAAAAGGAAACUUCUGUCCUCUGUGCGAUAAAUGCUAUGACGAUGAUGACUAUGAAAGCAAGAUGAUGCAGUGUGGGAAGUGUGACCGCUGGGUCCACUCCAAGUGCGAGAAUCUUUCAGACGAGAUGUACGAGAUUCUGUCUAACCUGCCCGAGAGUGUGGCCUACACCUGUGUGAACUGCACGGAGCGGCACCCUGCCGAGUGGCGGCUGGCCCUGGAGAAGGAGCUGCAGCUCUCCCUGAAGCAAGUCCUGACCGCGCUGUUGAACUCCCGAACCACCAGUCACUUGUUGCGUUACCGACAGGCUGCCAAGCCCCCAGACUUAAAUCCUGAAACGGAGGAGAGUAUACCUUCCCGCAGCUCUCCGGAAGGACCCGACCCACCAGUGCUCACCGAGGUCAGCAAGCAGGAAGACCAGCAGCCUUUAGACCUGGAAGGAGUCAAGCGGAAAAUGGACCAAGGGAACUACACCUCUGUGUUGGAGUUCAGUGAUGAUAUCGUGAAGAUCAUCCAGGCAGCCAUGAAUUCCGAUGGAGGGCAGCCGGAGAUUAAAAAGGCCAACAGCAUGGUCAAGUCUUUCUUUAUCCGGCAAAUGGAGCGUGUUUUUCCAUGGUUCAGUGUCAAAAAGUCCAGAUUUUGGGAGCCAAAUAAAGUAUCGAACAACAGUGGGAUGUUACCAAACGCAGUGCUUCCACCUUCACUUGACCAUAACUAUGCUCAGUGGCAGGAGCGAGAGGAGAACAGCCACACUGAGCAGCCUCCUUUAAUGAAGAAGAUAAUUCCAGCUCCCAAACCUAAAGGGCCUGGAGAACCCGACUCACCAACUCCUCUUCACCCUCCUACUCCACCGAUUUUGAGUACUGAUAGGAGUCGAGAAGAUAGUCCGGAACUGAACCCACCCCCCGGCAUAGAAGACAACAGACAGUGUGCACUGUGUUUGAUGUACGGCGACGACAGUGCCAAUGAUGCUGGCCGUUUGCUCUACAUUGGCCAAAAUGAGUGGACACAUGUAAAUUGUGCUUUGUGGUCAGCGGAAGUGUUUGAAGAUGACGAUGGAUCAUUAAAGAAUGUGCAUAUGGCAGUGAUCAGAGGAAAGCAGCUGAGAUGCGAAUUCUGCCAAAAACCAGGAGCCACUGUGGGUUGCUGCCUCACCUCCUGCACCAGCAACUAUCACUUCAUGUGUUCUCGAGCCAAGAACUGCGUCUUUCUGGAUGAUAAAAAAGUAUAUUGUCAGCGACAUCGGGAUUUGAUCAAAGGCGAGGUGGUUCCCGAGAAUGGAUUUGAAGUUUUCAGAAGGGUGUUUGUGGACUUCGAAGGAAUCAGCUUGAGAAGGAAGUUUCUCAAUGGUUUGGAACCGGAGAAUAUCCACAUGAUGAUCGGCUCCAUGACCAUUGAUUGCUUAGGGAUUCUGAACGAUCUCUCGGACUGUGAAGAUAAGCUCUUUCCCAUCGGAUACCAAUGUUCUCGGGUGUACUGGAGCACCACGGACGCCCGCAAGCGCUGUGUGUACACGUGCAAGAUUGUGGAGUGCCGCCCUCCGGCGCUGGAGCCCGACAUCAACAGCACCGUGGAGCACGACGAGAACAGGACCAUCGCCCAUAGUCCAACGGCGGUGGCUGAAAUUUCAUCUAAAGAAAGUCAAAACACAACUGAUAUUAUAAGUCCCCCAUCACCAGACCGACCUCAUUCCCAGACUUCUGGCUCCUACUAUUACCACGUCAUCCCAAAGGCCUCCAGGAUUCGAACCCCCAGUUACUCUCCGACACAGAGAUCCCCUGGCUGUCGGCCUCUGCCAUCUGCAGGAAGCCCUACCCCGACCACACAUGAAAUCGUCACAGUGGGGGACCCUUUACUGUCCUCUGGACUCCGAAGCAUUGGCUCCAGGCGUCACAGUACUUCUUCCUUGUCACCCCAGCGGUCUAAACUCCGGAUAAUGUCCCCAAUGAGAACGGGGACUGCACACUCCGUUUCAACCAUUGGGACCACCGCAGAUCUCGAGUCAAGUGCCAAAGCCAUGGAUCACGCCACCGGGCCGCUGAAUUCAAGUUCGGGGCCGAACACUUCCUCCUCUUCCAAUCUUCAGAGGACGGUGCUCACAUCGGGCACCAAGGCCAGUCACGUGGAUGGAUCUACCCCUUCAGACCUGAAGCAUUCCAGCACUUUUGACUCUGCCCCCAAGAGCUCCUCCUCGAAAGGAGAGAAGACAAAAAUGUCGGCUCCCAAGAGUUUGGAGGGAUCUGCGCAUACCGUGGCUUACCCCAGCAUCCCAAGACUGGCCCCGCACAACUCCUCGGCCGGAGACAUCAACGUCAGUAGACUCGGCCCGUUCGCUGAACUGUCUUCGACACCGUUUGCUUCUCGAGAGGCGCUCUCCUUUCCACCGCUGCACUCGAGGGGGCAAAAGAACGAUCGAGAUCCACAGCCGGACUCAAAUCUGUCCGGAAAAGCCCCUCCCGAUGAAGACGGUGACAUCAAAGGCUUUAAGCUGUCUGCUGGGAGCAGCCGAGCGUCCCUUGUCGGUGAGCACGCGGGCUCCAACUCCAGAGACCGGCGGCUCAAGGGCAAGAAAGCCGGCAAGGAGCCUUUCAAGGAGAAGCAUCUCAUGGCCGCUUUCUCGGACCCUGGGUCCGUGGCAGCCGGGGAGGAAGGCAGCCUCAAGCCGCCCGACUUCGCUGACGAGGUCUUGGCUCCCGACUUCAUGGGGCAUCGGCCGUGUAAUAAUGUUUCCUCUGAUAAGGUCGGUGACAAAGCCCUUUCUCUCCCCGGUGCCCCCAAAGCGUCAUCCAUGCAAGUGGAAGGCUCUGCCAGAGAGUCACCGACGCCCCGGAAGCGGACGGUCAAGGUCACACUGACGCCUCUCAAAAUGGAGAGUGAGGCUCAGUCCAAGAACACCCUGAACGAAGGCAGCCCCGUUUCCCCUUUGCAGAUGGAGUCGGCCUCUCCCACAGAAGCAGCGUCAGCCUCGGAAAGUGCGGGAGAGGGUCCAGGAGCCCAGCCCAGCCCCAACAAUACCUCGGCCCAGGACGUGCAGAGUAACAGCUACCAGAACGUGCCCGUGCUGUUGCCCGACGGCCCGAAGCCCCAGGAGGACGGCUCCUUCAAGCGGCGCUACCCCCGCCGCAGCGCUCGGGCCCGCUCCAACAUGUUCUUCGGGCUCACGCCGCUCUACGGAGUCCGCUCCUACGGGGAGGAAGACCUUCCAUUCUACAGCAGCUCCACGGGGAAGAAGCGAGGCAAGAGGUCCGCCGAGGGCCAGGUGGAUGGCGCCGAUGACCUGAGCACCUCCGAUGAAGACGACUUGUACUACUACAACUUCACCAGGACCGUCAUUGCCUCCAGUGCUGAGGAGCGGCUGGCGUCGCACAGCCUGUUUCGGGAGGAGGAGCAGUGCGACCUGCCCAAAAUCUCCCAGCUGGACGGCGUGGAUGACGGCACGGAGAGCGACACAAGCGUCACGGCCACCACACGGAAAAGCAGCCAGCUCCCGAAAAGGAACGGGAAAGAGAAUGGGACCGAGAGCCUGAAGCUGGACCGCCCCGAGGAAGUGGGCGACAAGGAGCACGCCAUCAAGACUUCCGUGGGCCACAAAGGCGAGCCCAAGAUGGACAACUGCCACCCGGCCAGCAGGGUGAAGGCUCAGGGCCAGGACUCCCUGGAAGCCCAACUCAGCUCGCUGGAGUCCAGCCGCAGAGUCCACACGAGCACCCCCGCCGACAAAACCCUGCUGGACACCUACAACCCUGAGCUCCUAAAGUCCGACUCCGACAACAACAACAGUGAUGACUGCGGGAACAUCCUGCCCUCCGACAUCAUGGACUUCGUCCUCAAGAACACCCCAUCCAUGCAGGCUCUGGGCGAGAGCCCCGAGUCAUCCUCGUCGGAGCUCCUGAACCUCGGCGAAGGCCUGGGUCUGGACAGCAACCGCGAGAAGGACAUGGGCCUCUUCGAGGUCUUCUCUCAGCAGCUGCCGCCCGCCGAGCCCGUGGACAGCAGCGUCUCCUCUUCCAUCUCAGCCGAGGAGCAGUUCGAGCUGCCCCUGGAGCUGCCGUCCGACCUCUCGGUCCUCACCACCCGGAGCCCCACCGUCCCGAGCCAGAACCCCAACAGACUCGCCGUCAUCACAGACUCGGGGGACAAGCGGGUCGCCAUCCCGGAGAAGGCAGUGGCUUCCUCAGAAGGGGACGCAGCGCUGCUGAGUCCAGGAGUGGACCCAGGCCCCGAAGGCCACAUGACCCCGGACCAUUUCAUCCCAGGACACAUGGACGCGGAGCACAUCGCCAGCCCCUCGUGCGGGUCGGUGGAGCCGGGCCACGGCGCCAGCCAGGAUUUGACUCGAAACAGUAGCACCCCUGGCCUGCAGGUACCUGUUUCCCCUUCUGUUCCCAUCCAGAACCAGAAAUACGUGCCCAAUUCUACUGAUAGCCCAGGCCCGUCUCAGAUCUCUAACGCGGCUGUCCAGACCACCCCGCCCCACCUGAAGGCAGCCACUGAGAAACUCAUUGUGGUUAACCAGAACAUGCAGCCGCUCUAUGUUCUCCAAACGCUUCCAAACGGAGUCACCCAAAAAAUCCAAUUGACCUCUUCUGUUAGCUCUGCGCCCACUGUGAUGGAGACCAGCCCUUCCGUCCUGGGGCCCAUGGGGAGUGGGCUCACCCUCACCACGGGACUCACUGCCAGCUUGCCGGCCUCGCAGUCUCUGUUCCCUCCUGCUAGCAAAGGAUUGCUCCCCAUGCCUCAUCACCAGCACUUACACUCCUUCCCUGCCGCUACUCAGAGUAGCUUCCCGCCCAGCAUCAGCAGCCCCCCGUCAGGCCUGCUGAUCGGGGUGCAGCCUCCUCCUCCAGACCCCCAGCUCUUGGUUUCCGAAGCCAGCCAGAGGACAGACCUCAGUACCACAGUAGCCACUCCAUCCUCUGGACUCAAGAAAAGACCCAUAUCGCGCCUGCAGAACCGAAAGAAUAAAAAGCUCGCUCCCUCUAGCACCCCCCCCAACAUUGCCCCCUCCGAGGUGGUUCCCAACAUGACACUGAUUAACUUCACGCCCUCCCAGCUCUCGAGCCAUCCCAAUCUCUUAGAUUUGGGCUCACUUAAUACUUCAUCUCACCGCACCGUCCCCAACAUCAUAAAACGGUCUAAAUCUGGCGUCAUGUAUUUUGAACAGGCACCCCUGUUGCCCCCGAGUGUGGGAGGAGCGGCGGCCCCGGCGGCGGGCGCGUCCACCCUAAGCCAGGAGACCAGCCACCUCACGUCAGGGUCGGUGUCUGGCUUGGCAUCCGGUUCCUCCGUCCUGAAUGUCGUGUCCAUGCAAACUACAACCACCCCUACAAGUAGCACCUCAGUUCCCGGACACGUCUCGUUAGCCAACCCGAGGCUGCUGGGCACCCCUGACAUUGGCUCAAUAGGCAAUCUCCUCAUCAAAGCCAGCCAGCAGAGCCUGGGCAUUCAGGAGCAGCCCGUGGCUUUGCCCCCGACGUCAGGAAUGUUCCCUCCGCUGGGCACGGCACAGACUCCCAUGACCGCAGCCUCGAGCAUCUGCGUGCUCCCCUCCACCCAGCCACCGGGCAUUGCCGCGGCCCCCCCUCCUGGGGACACGGACGAACAACACUACCAGCUGCGGCAUGGCACCCAGCACCUGGCCAGCAAGACGGGACCACCGUCCUCCCAGUGCGACCUAGAGUCGGCACCCGGGCCCCAUGGCGGAGCCAGCUUCUCCCCACCGGGGGACGCUCCGACCAGCCUGGGGCUAGAGCCGAGCAAGGCUCCACCCUCAACUAUGCACACCAGCUCAGCCUCGCCCGGGGGCUCACCGCCCCCCUCCGGGCAACAGUCGGCAAGCCCCCCGGGGCCGGGGCCCACAAAACCCAAACCAAAAAUCAAACGGAUGCAGCUGCCUUUGGACAAAGGGAACGGCAAGAAGCACAAGGUCGCCCACACGCGGCCCCCCUCUGCUGAAGCGCACGUUCCGGACCGAGACCCGGGCCCAGCGGCCGAGACCUCAGGCGCAGGGACUCCCGGGGCUGGGACCGAGGCUGAGCACCAGGACCCAGCGAGUUCGGAGCAGGCACCACCCACGGCCAACGUGCAGCCUACGGGGCAAGUGGCUGUUCUGCCUGAGACUCAGGCCACACAGAAUCCAGCAAGUGAACCGGAAAGUGCAGAGCCGAAACCUGUGGAGGAAGAAGAAAGUCAUUUCAGCUCUCCAUUGAUGCUUUGGCUUCAGCAAGAACAGAAGCGGAAGGAAAGCAUCACUGAGAAAAAGCCCAAGAAAGGACUUGUGUUCGAAAUUUCAAGCGAUGACGGUUUUCAGAUCUGUGCAGAAAGUAUUGAAGAUGCCUGGAAGUCCCUCACAGACAAGGUCCAGGAAGCCCGGUCCAACGCCCGCCUGAAGCAGCUUUCCUUUGCAGGUGUGAACGGUUUGCGGAUGCUCGGGAUUCUCCAUGAUGCAGUUGUGUUCCUGAUUGAGCAGCUCUCUGGUGCCAAGCACUGUAGGAAUUAUAAAUUCCGCUUCCACAAACCAGAGGAGGCCAACGAACCCCCCCUGAACCCUCAUGGCUCGGCCAGGGCUGAAGUCCACCUGAGGCAAUCCGCAUUCGACAUGUUUAACUUCCUGGCUUCUAAACACCGACAGCCCCCAGAGUACAACCCCAACGAUGAGGAGGAGGAGGAGGUUCAGCUGAAGUCAGCUCGGAGGGCCACCAGUAUGGAUCUGCCGAUGCCCAUGCGUUUCCGGCACUUGAAAAAGACUUCGAAAGAGGCAGUCGGGGUCUACAGGUCUCCCAUCCAUGGCCGGGGGCUGUUUUGUAAGAGAAACAUUGACGCGGGCGAGAUGGUGAUUGAGUACGCUGGCAAUGUCAUCCGCUCCAUCCAGACUGACAAGCGGGAGAAGUAUUAUGACAGCAAGGGCAUUGGCUGCUACAUGUUUCGGAUCGAUGACUCGGAGGUCGUGGACGCCACCAUGCAUGGAAACGCCGCGCGCUUCAUCAACCACUCCUGUGAGCCCAACUGCUACUCCCGGGUCAUCAACAUCGACGGGCAGAAGCACAUCGUCAUCUUCGCCAUGCGCAAGAUCUACCGCGGGGAGGAGCUCACCUACGACUACAAAUUCCCCAUCGAGGAUGCCAGCAACAAGCUGCCCUGCAACUGCGGCGCCAAGAAAUGCCGGAAGUUCCUGAACUGAAGCUGCUGCUCCCCCCGAGUGGCGUCCUCGGGCCCGGAGCCACGCACAGCGACACCGAAGGCCUCUGCCGGGAGCUCCGGGACAUUGAGCGGGCACAGUGGAGGGGCCUCCUGCCUGCGCUCCCUCCCGUCCCAUACUGACAUCAGACACACGGCCAUCGUCCCAGAGAGGGAGAUGAGGUCCAGAAGCGACCCGGGGCGGCCUCCUCCCGGCGCGCCGCCAAUUGUAGGCCGUUAGUAGGUGGGAAGAGGGGUCCUGCCACCUUGCCCAGAGCCUCCAGAGGGCUGGUGACGGCGGGGGAGAAGUGGGCCCCAGCAGCUCUUCUGGGACAGGUUGUUGCUGUCCUCCCAUGGGCCCCGCCCCGAGCACUGUACGUGAGGGAUCCGGCAAAGCCCCCAGCAGAGGGCCGGCAGGACCCAACCUGCAGCCAUCUGUGGAACGAGCAGAAGAGGUCCAGGGGCUCCCCUGGUGUCCUCCCCCCACGAGUUCACUUCUGGUGGGAGACGGGGUUCUUCGCCCCUUUGGUGUCAAAAGCUGUCUUAGGGUUGUGCCAAUUCCUUACCAAACAUCGAGCCUGUGGGCUUCAAGUGGGAGCGUCAGCCCCAGGAGCCUUCUCUCAGCCACUUCCCUUCCUUGGUCAUAGGAGCGGCUUCCCUCUCAUUCCUUCUCUUCACCCCCCUUUCUCGUCUUCCCUGUCCUCCAUCGCCCUGCUUUCCCAUUCUUUCUGGUUGGUAGGGGAGAGGGACUCGCAAUCGGGCGUGGCGCCUGCGCCUCCUGGCUGUGCCCUCCACCUGUGCGCAGUCCAGCGGGGAAGUGGCCAGCAGCCACUGACCAGAACCAGACGGAAUUUGGAGACAUUUCCACACAGCUCCACGGAGCAUUUCAAAGAAAUCGAUGUAGCAUGAUUUUCUUUUUUUCUUUUUUUUUUCCUUUCUUUUUCUUUCUUUCUUUCUUUCUUUCUUUUUUUUUUUUUUGUAGAAGAGGAAAAAGAUUGUUCAAAUAGGAUUGGAAUCAUGCGCCAACCAGAGUAUCCCCACUAGGAUGGAAUGUCCCCUGGCCCUGAGUCCUGGACAGGGUAACUCGAUCCCCAGCCCACCCCAGUAAGACAUAGGAAGACGUGCUUUGUAAGUGGUCGGUGCCCAGUGGAAGGCAGAACACUAAUCAGAUUUCAAGGCCCGAAACUUGGGGACUCGCCGCCCCGCGUGGAGGAAACCUGCCGCUGUGCCCGGCCCCCGGGCAAAGUCCUUGGAUGACACUACUGCCGACCGCUCCGUAGGAUGCGGUCACCACAGCAUCAAAUGUUCCUUCUCUUCCUUCCCGCGAGACAGUAUCCUGAACCUGUUAAAUUAAGUCAUUGGAUUUUACUCUGUUCUGUUUACAGUUUACUAUUUAAGAUUUUAUAAAUGUAAAUAUAUUUUGUAUAUUUUUCUAUGAGAAGCACUUCAUAGGGAGAAGCACUUAUGACAAGGCUAUUUUUUAAACCGCGGUAUUAUCCUAAUUUAAAAGAAGAUCGGUUUUUAAUAAUUUUUUAUUUUCCUAGGAUGAAGUUAGAAAAAAUAUUCAGCUGUACACACAGUCUGGUUUCUCCUGCCCAGCUUCCCCCUGGAAGGUGUAACUUGUUGUUGUUCAGUGUGUCUCUUGUGUGUGCCCUGUUGACAUCCACUGUGUCUCCUGGGUUUGCUCCCUGGCAGUGGGUGGGAGGGAAAGGCCUCCCGGCCUCGGCCGCCCUCCUGCCCCGGUGAAGCUCCUCCAAGGCUCGCUAGGAUCUUGCCACGCAGUUUCUCCUCUUCUCUCCUCCAUCUCCCUCUGCUCCCCUUCCUCCUUCUGAGUUCGCAGCCAAGUUCAAUGGCAACGUGACAUUGUCCAUCACCAUCUGCCUCAUUGGUCACCUCAUGCUCGGUCCCUCAGUCCACCAUGUCCUCGUAGCUGCAAAGAGCCCACGGACCCCACCCCCAGCCCCGGCUGGGGGGCAGCCCGUUGAAACUGAAGCACAGUCUGACCACUCACGAUCAAGCAGGUUUCUCUCUGCCCCUGGCAGCAUCCCUUGCCCCCCCACACACCCCGAGCUCGGCGGUUCAUUGGUUCGCUCGGAGCAGGGUCAUCCAGGCGAGGGCGGGCCCUGGCUCAGGGGCAGCCCCUUCCUCGGAGGUCAGUGAAGCAAUACGACUCGGCCCAGCCCGGCCCGCGCACCCCCCGCCCCCGGCUCUGCCGUGCCUUCCACCCUGCACUCCCUGUUCUGACGUGACCUUAAGAACUCGGGCGGCUUUGCUGGCACACUGUCACUGUUUCCUGUCCUGCAGGGAGCCCAGCACUGUGGCCAGGACGGCAGAGACUUCCUUGUCCUCGUGGAGAAGUGCCAGCAGGGGGCUGGGGCAAGCACUCUACCCAGACCUCACCUCCCUUCCUCCUCGCCCAAGAACAAGACGCGGUGGCCCCAGGGCCCCACUCGUGUCUGGUUCCCUUGAUUAUUGCACUGUGUGAGGUUUUUUUGUAAAUCCUUUUUAUUUCUUUCUGUUUUGUUUUGUUUUUUAAGAAAGAACCUUAAGCUGCAUUUGUUACUGAGAUGAUUAAUGCACUGACGGGUCCUGAAAUCACCUCGAGAAAGACCCAAAGGCCAGUCGGGGGUGGGGGGAAAACUCAGCUAAAUAGACCUAGUGGCUGCCCUGCUAGGCCGUGCUGUACUGUGAGCCCCCUCCUCAUUCUCCCCAAAACCCAGACCCUCGGGCUGGGAAGGAGCCGCCCGGGCUUCUCCAGCCAGCCGCUGGUGGUUUGCCUUGCCUUCGAGCUCCCCAACCGGCAGCCACAGAAGCGACAACUUGUCCUCGUCUAGCUCAGCCUUGAGUCCAUUGCCAAAACUCAGCAACCUGCCAGCAACUCGGGGCCUCGGCCAAGGCAAAAGCCAAAGUGGCAUCGCUGUCUCCCAAACACCUCCGACCGAACAGCGUGGACAGUGACCAAGGGACUCUACGCACAAAAGUGCAGACUGAGGAACUGUGGUGGGUCACUCCCCAGAACCCCCCAGGGGGCACCCCCAAAUCCUUCAGGAGUCACAGCUGCAGAUCUGGUCACUUCUCGGUGAGGGCCAGCUCCCUUAGAGCUUUGCUGCUAGACCUGUUGCGGCUGCAUUCCCUGGUGGCCAGUGACAACUGCGUAACCAGAAUGGCUGCAUGGCGCUGACCCUUUGGCCGGAACUUGGUCCCUUGGCCCCCUCUGUUACCGUCCACCACCUCCAGCCCAGGCCCUCUGGUUUUCAGACCAAUCACAACGAAGAGGGAGCCCCAGCAGCUAUAUUUUCAACCAGACUCCUCUGUUGGGGUUCCGUCUGGCCGCCCUCCCGCUUGCCCCCGUCACCCCCAAGCCCCCCGCCCCCCGGCCAGCGCAGUGAGCACCAUGCAGCUCCCUUGAUUAAAAAAAAAAAAAUACAACAAAACACAAAAAUCUUUUAAUGAAUGUAUCUUUCUAAAGGACUGACGUUCAAUCAAAUAUCUGAAAAUACUAAGGUCAAAACCUUGUCAGAUGUUAACUUUGAAGUUUGAUUUGGGAUUCUUUUCUAAUAGAAAUCAAGUUUGGGUUUUUUUGUUUGUUUUUAAGGAAAAGCGGGUCAUUGCAAAGGGCUGGGUGUAAUUUUACGUUUCAUUUUCUUCAUUUUAAAGCAAUACAAGGUUAUCGAGCAGAUGGUUUUGUGCCGAAUCAUGAAUACUAGUUAAGUCUCACACUCUGAAAACUUGCAACUUUUUUGUUUUGGUUUUCAAAUAAAUAUAAAUAUGAUAUAUAUAGGAACUAAUAUAGUAUGCACCAUGUAACAAAGCCUAGUUCAGUCCAUGGCUUUUAAUUCUCUUAACACUAUAGAUAAGGAUUGUGUUACAGUUGCUAGUAGUGGCAGGAAAAUGUCAGUCUGGCGUGCCUCUGGUCCCAGCCCGGGGGACCGAACCGGAAAGGGAAUGGCAAGAUGGCACAUUCCCAGGACCAGAGAGAAAUGCAGAAAUGGGGUCACCUGGAUUUUUUUCUGCCCGUGAAUGUUGCCAGUCAGUACCUGUACUCCUCGUUUCUCUAUUUUUGGUUAUGAAUGUUGGGGUUACCACCUGCAUUUAGGGGAAAAUUGUGUUCUGUGCUUUCCUGGUAUCUUGUUCCGAGGUACUCUAGUUCUGUCUUUCAACCAAGAAAAUAGACUUGUGGUGUUUCUUUUAUUGAACUUUUACAGUCUCUUUAGUAAAUACAGGUAGUUGAAUAAUUGUUUCAAAAGCUCAACAGAUGACAAGCUUCUUUUCUAGAAAUAAGACAUUUCUUGACAACUUUAUCAUGUAUAACAGAUCCUUUCGUUUUUUUUUUUUUUUCCUUGUGUUCUUCCAAGCUUCUGGUUAGAGAAAAAGAGAAAAAAAAAAAGGAAAAAAAAUGUGUCUAAAGUCCAUCAGUGUUAACUCCCUGUGACAGGGAUGAAGGAAAAUACUUUAAUAUUCAAAAAUAAUAAUGCUGAAAGCUCUCUACGAAAGACUGAAUGUAAAAGUACAAAGUGUACAUAGUUGUAAAAACAAAGGAGUUUUUAAACAUGUUUAUUUUCUAUGCACUUUUUUUUAUUUAAGUGAUAGUUUAAUUAAUAAACAUGUCCAGUUUAUUGCUGCA